AUGUCUAAACUACCAGCCCAACAUGACAGAGAACGUGAAAUUGCUGAACGUAAUGCUUUGGAAACAAAAGCAAAAGCAGAGAAAGUCACUGAAGCUCUAAGUGAAGGGAAACUCCCGACGACCAGGCAAGUAACCAGUACCAUCACCAAAAUUCAAGAGUCGGACAUUCUUCAUGAGGUGUCAACUCAUAUGUCACCGGCAGGCAAGAGAGUCUUGUCCGAUACUGAACGAUUGUUGGAGACCACAAAGCAAGUGUUGAGAGAAAAGAAUCGCGGAGAUCAGUUGCAGAAUAUGCUCUAUUAUGGGACUCAGGCUGCUAAGGAUUUUGGAGACAAGGUAUCAGUACCAACCGACAUCCCAGAAGAUAUAAAAGCGAAAGCUCGUGGCGAAACAGCCGGACUCGUCAAAGAAGGUGUCAGCAAAGGAGCAAACAUCGUUCGACUACUCAUUGCUCAGCCUGAAUUCAGAAGAAUAAUUGGGGACUUGCACUCUCUGGUUCAAGAUUCAAUCGAUCAAGGGUUCGAAAAAAUUGACCGAAGUGUCCAAAAAAGUUUCGAAAAACUUGACAAAACUUCUCAGGAGGUUGGCCGCACCGAUGAUCCUGCUGAGGCAAUGAAACGGGCCAAAGAAAAUAUUAUUGAAGACCCCGAAACGAUUGAUCGCACCGAUAAAGCUAUGGAUGCUUAUAGAGAUGGCGAUAAAGAAAGAGUUGCUGAACAUGAUGAACACGUUAAAAAUAGAGUUGCUGAUAAAACAAAAUCUAAACUCGAAAAGUUUAAGAUGUCCAAGGAACGACGUGAACAGCUGGUGACACGAUUCAAAAACCUCACGAUCCAAAGCCAAAACACCCCAGAAUACCAACAAGCAAUACAAGAUAUUAUAAGCAUCAUUAGCCAGGUCAGUCAGUCAACCCAAGAGAUCACCACAAAAGUAGCACAAGCAGGCGAACCACUCGCCGAAGGAGCAACAACUCCCUCCGUCGAGGAAGUCGAACGAAACGCUAAAGAGCUGCUUGAAAAUUUUGCCAAUCAUCGUUCGCUCGACCACUUGAUAAUCGCGUUACGAGAACUCGCCGAAAAAGUCAGAACCCAUGAAGAUUUAUUUAAAUUCUUCCACGAGUUGCGCGAGUUCGUAUUGAAAUCAUUGCUGGAGCCUGAUUUCGUCAAUGAGACUAAUUAUACGGCACAUGGCUCCGAUUUGAUUGAACGUGGUCGUCGUCUUCUUUUAGAACAGUAUGGUGAUAUCACGCGGAAGAUUGCUUCGGAGGCUGCAUUGUUUAACAAAGGCUUACAAGAGGAUUCGACAACUAAUCGACUAAAGAAGGACCUUGAAAUUCUUACGAAGGAUCUGUUUUUGGAUGAAAAGAAUAAACCGGCAUUCAAAUUGGAGCUAGUUAAAGAUGUUGCCAAGAUAAUUCAAGCCAUCGGCAAAAAGUUCGAUUAUAUUGCAGUUCCAAGAAUCGAACAUGCGGAUGACCAAAACGAAUUCAUUUUUGACAAUAUUGUUCUCCACAUUCCGCAGCUUCUCGCUCGACACAUACAUCUUAAUUUGACGGCCGACAUUGAUCUAGAUCGUCCAGACGACCAAAUUCUUGAAAACACGAUCACACUUGAUGUCAAAAAGAUAGGAGCAGACGCUCGUAACAUCGCUUUCUUCUAUCGACAGAAAUCAGGAGUUAAAUGGAUGGAUGUUGGCCACAUUGAUUUUGCUAUUCCAGAAGAAAGCGGCGGCCUAGGUAUCCACAUGAAACUCUUAUUAAAUGUUUCAAAGGACGAGCAUACGCCGUCAACAUUCCGAGUUGUGGAGCUUCAUUCUCACCUUUCAGAGUUGAAAAUUCGCCUGCACAAUACGAAACACGAUUUCUUGUACAAGUUGGUGACUCCAUUGUAUGAGAAACGCAUUAAGAAACAAGUCGAAAGCUCUAUCAAUGAUAUGUUGAGAAAUGCGAUCACUUACAUCGAUACGCAGAUCAGUACAAUGCAAAAGAAAGCCAAAGAAUUCAAUGCCCGUAAAGCAACAGAAACAUUUGAGGAAGAGGAAUCGCGACAAAAGCAACCUUGGGAAUCACCAGCCUUCGUUCCUCAAUUUGAACCUUCGACUUCAACUGUGCCUUCUAUUGAUCGUCCUUAA